AUGGCCACUGUUCGGCUUGCUGGCAAUUUUGCAAGAGGGUCUUUUCGGACUGGGCAGAGCUUGAUUCGUCACUGGGGCACCAUGGCCGAGGUGUGCAAGGAGGCGCAGCCCUUGCAUACGGCGCUACAGACUUGGCUGGAUACGGUGCCUGCUCCAGAAGUGGCCAUGCCUCCACUUCUGCCUGGCACUCGACUUCAAGCGCUGAGACUCCAGCAACAGCUUGCUGCAUCGCCUGGCCUUUGCUCACAAGAUCCAGGCACCAGUGCAGCUAUCCACCUUCUUGCAAGUGGACUCUUCAAUGAAAAGGAGAGCCCGCCGUGGAACAGCACAGGCUGGAAUAAUGAGUACGGAAAGUUGCGCAGACUGCUGGAGAAGGCAUUCAGGACUGUGUCUUGGGGCAGACUUGUCUUUACAGGUUGGCCAUUGCUGGCGCUUCUUCAUCGACUCCAAGAGGCUUUCGUCCGUGAGGCCCUUUGCAGCCGCGUUGACAGGUAUGCCUAUGCAAUUCCGAGCCGAACAGAUCCACAAUCAGUGUGGGUGUGUGUACGCCGUGCAAGUGAUGUUGUCUAUGAGAGAUGGCGCAUGCAAGGCUUCUUCCCAGAUUGCUUCAUGAUAGUUCAAACGGUCCGGGAUCUUCUGCCCGUGGGCUGCCCAGUGCUGGACAUAGGUGCAAACCUUGGUGGCUGCGCGCUGAUGCUCGCCAAGGAUGGGCACCCCGUCCUGGCGGUGGAGCCGGUGCCUGUGCUGGCUGGUUUGCUGCGGGCAUCUGUUGAAAGAAAUGGUUUGAAGAACGUGGAAGUUGUAGACACAGCCGUGGGUCGAAGCUCCGGCAGCAGCUCUCUGCAGUGUACUCAUGGGCACAGCGCCACUUGUCGUGUCCUCCCGCUGGUCGAUGUUGCGACCAGUGCCGCUGCAGCCAAUGUGACAACUGAAUCACUCGAUUCUAUUCUCCAUUCACGGGGAUGGCCGCAGCCCUGUGCCCUGAAAAUCGAUGUCGAAGGCUCCGAGUUCGAAGUCGUGCAAGGCGCAGCCGGGACUUUGUCUCGCUGGCCGCACAUCUUCCUAGAAUUGCACCCCUAUGAGCUGCGAGACCGUGGAAGCUCCAGUGCGGACACAUUCGAUUUGCUCCUUCGCAUGGGCUACAACAUGUUCGAAAGUCCUCCCUGCGGUACCAAAGUCAGUCCCGUAGAGAGGCCUUGGGCUGGGAAUGGCACCUACUCCAGUGCGCGUUGGAUUGAGGGCCGACGGGUGCCCAAUGUGCGCUUGCCGCGAGUCGCGGAUCACUGCGCCUGUGAACGCGAAUGCAAUCUUCGACUGCUUGCACCAAGUGGUCACUUCAGUGGCGACUGUCGCUGUUGGGACUUUGAUGCAGUUGCAGGAGAUUGCAAUCUUUACAUGAGCUGCGGCAGGGGUUUCAGCUCCCUUGCGGCAGCAGAGAACUGGUGGGCCGGUGAGCUGAGUGGAAACUGGCACAUUGCCGCUUCGUGCUAUUUCCUCGCCGGUUACACUGAGGAGCCAAUUCCGAGCAAUGUCUCCGUUGGCAAGUGUGCCCUAGCUCGUGCACGUUUGACUCUGCCGCGGGUUGGCCGAAUCCGAAGCAGAUGUCCACGUGCGUCCACAUUCAGCACUGCCACUCCGGAGUCGAGUAACUUAGCACUUCAUCCUGUUCUGGAAAGGCCCGCGAAGCCCUCGGCCAUCAGACUCUACUGGAAGCUGGCCAAGGGCAAGCUUACAUUGUGGGUAUCUCUGUCGGCAAUGCCAGGAUAUUUCUUGGCCCUUCCAGGCACAAUCGAGCCAUCAAUUGCAGCUGCCCUGUUCGUAGGAACUUUCUUGACAUCUUCCUCCGCCCAGACGAUGAAUCAAAUGAUCGAGGUCCAUCGCGACGCACGCAUGAAGCGGACUGCAAUGAGACCACUCCCGUCGGGGCAGCUGAGCUCCAAUGAAGCAGCGCGCUUUGCAGCAGCCGCGGGAGCUUUAGGCCUCGUCACCUUAGGUAUCGGCACGACGAGCUGCACCGCGGCAGUGGCUGCAACUACGAUGGCUACAUACGCUGCCCUGUACACCCCACUGAAGGUACGGAGUCCGUACAACACUCACGUCGGUGCCAUAAGCGGGUCACUGCCGACCCUGAUGGGUUUCACAGCAGCCUUGGGCACCGGCUUAUGUGUUUCACCUUGGUUACCACAUGCAGCCUGGCUUUUCGGGAUGCAAACCUUGUGGCAGAUGCCGCAUUUCUACUCGCUAGCAUGGCUGCACAGGAGCGACUACCUUCAAGGGGGUUACAAGAUGUUUCCGCUGUCUGAUGAAUCAGGCAUGGAAACGGCUGCAAUGUCCAAGCCGUACUUGGCAGCGCUCUGCGUUCUGCCGUGGGCCAUGUCGGCCAGCGGCGCUGCCUCCUGGAUGCUGCCAGUCGGAGCUGCCUUGCCCAGUUUUUUCUGGUGGCACACACUCAAAGACUUCGAAAGAAGGCCGAGUGCUUCCACAUGCAGACGCUUCUUUCUUGGUUCCCUGUCCUACUUGAUUUCGAUGCUGGUGCUGUUCACGGCAUUUUCACGGGCAUCAGAAAACAGCGACACCACUGACGAUGUGCAGGGGACAACCCACACGGAUCGAGGCGUUCUCGAGCCAUCAUGGAGAGCAUACAUGCGUUCCUGCCUGCUGGGGGCGUGUCCGCAUGAGCAG